UCCGGCUGUUUUUAUGUCGAGAAGUCCUAGGAAAAAUUUAGCUCAUUCCUAAUUCUAACACUAUUUCUACGUUGGUAUUGUUAUUAUAGUGUGUUCUAGUGAAAACAUAGUGUGCAGUGCGUGUUAUUGAGUGUAAUCGGAUAUGUGAUGACUAUAGUUUGAUGUAUCAGUGUCACCAUGUUUUUGAGAGACAGAGAGACACUGUAAAGAAUGGGGGGAAUGAAUCCUGGUAAAGUGGAGGACAUUUUACUAUGGAUUUGAUGACAGAUUUGUCGUCGAUAUGUCCGGGGCUCAUCGACGAACUGGAGGCCUAUAUGGCGCCCGUGGGGGACUACCCGCCGGACCGGAGGCUCGGGAACCACCAACUCCCAGAAAGCCCCCCUGACUCCGGCUCCGAACACCCCUACAGCCCCGACACGGCCAUCCCAGUGCUCCCAGAAUACGUGGUCCCCUCACACCUGCAGGAGCUUGUACCAGGGGACUAUAUGUAUGAGGAGCUGAAGGACAACUUAGAUGUGGUUGUCAUGCCGCAGGAGGUCGAGCUGGGAAGGUUGGAGGGGAUCUAUCCUAGGUACAACCAAAUGCGGGUAGACCUCCCGGAGCUGGACCAGACUAUCAUCAGUCCUCAACUGGUGUCUCUCGGCCAUGAGACCUUGCCGGUCUACACUACACUUCAGGAACCCAGCACUAAGAAGAGGAAACACUCGCAAGAUAUAUCCCAAGUCAAGUGUGAACCUGCAGCCCUAUCGCCAGAAACGCAUGUCCGUCCAGCGCCACCGUCCGUGGACGGGUCAGAAGCAGGAGAUGAUGUCCCUCUGCAGUGCAUCAGAUUCGCCCCCUUCCAGCAGAACCUGUGGCACACGCUUUAUGACUGCAACUUGAAACCACUGCAACCCCCUUCCUACAUCGUCGGCGCCGACAAAGGCUUCAACUUCUCUCAAAUAGACGAGGCCUUCGUCUGCCAGAAGAAGAACCACUUCCAGGUGACCUGCCAGAUUCAGAUGCAAGGAGACCCUCAUUAUGUCAAGACUAACGAGGGAUUUAAGAAGAUCAGCGGGUUUAGGCUUCAUUUUUAUGGCGUCAAAGCAGAGGAUCCCAGUCAAGAAGUGAGAGUUGAACAAAGCCAAUCAGACCGUACCAAGAAACCUUUCCAUCCUGUACCAGUGGAACUGAGACGUGAAGGAACAAAAGUCACAGUCGGCCGCCUGCACUUCGCAGAGACCACAAACAAUAAUAUGAGGAAGAAGGGUCGGCCAAAUCCUGACCAGAGACAUUUUCAACUGGUUGUCUCUUUGAGGGCGUAUGUUCCUAGUGGUGAUGUUAUGGUGGCUGCUAGUGCUAGCGACAGGAUCAUAGUUCGGGCAUCAAACCCAGGACAGUUCGAGUCGGACUGCACUGAGAACUGGUGGCAGCGAGGCGUGUCAGACAACAGCGUCCACUUCAACGGACGUGUCGGAAUCAACACUGACAGGCCUGACGAGUCCUGUGUCAUUAAUGGUAACCUCAAAGUGAUGGGUCACGUAGUCCACCCGUCAGAUGCUCGUGCGAAGCACAAUAUUGAAGAGUUGGAUACGGCACAGCAAUUGAAGAAUGUUCAGAGCAUCAGAGUUGUCAAGUUCAACUAUGACCCUUCCUUCGCCGAGCACUCGGGCCUGCUCGGGUUCGACCCGACGUCCCCCGCCCCGCAGGCCGACACGGGCGUCAUCGCGCAGGAGGUCAGACAAGUCCUGCCGGAAGCGGUCAAGGAGGCGGGAGACGUCACUCUGCCGAACGGGGAUACUAUACACAAGUUCCUGGUCGUCAAUAAGGACCGUAUCUUCAUGGAGAACCUGGGAGCAGUCAAGGAGUUAUGCCGAGUGACCGGUAACCUGGAGUCCCGUAUCGACCACCUGGAGAAGAUCAACAGGAAACUCUGCAAAAUCAAUAUUCUGCAGAGGAGGGAUAGUGCCAGGUCCAAUAUAAGCAGUGACUCCCAUUUCUCAGCCAUAUCGACCUCCUCAAAGUCCUUCUACAGCGACGGAAACAUAUCCAUAGACCAAAUCCGCGACAUCGCACGCAACAUCCGCCGACACGAAUGUUGCCACAAACUAAGCCACAACUCCCCAAAAUACACGAGAAAACAAUGCAAGACUUGCCACGAUCCCAGAAACUAUUCAAAAUACGGAAAAUUCUACAACUACAACAAAACAUGCGUCAGAUACCAUAAAGAAGAAAAACACGAUUGCAAACUCCCUUACACUUUGGAAUCUGACAUCCAGAAAAUCUCAGAUGACAGCACCAUGUCGAAGAAAAAAGAUACUUGUCUAUGGUUGAAGGAUGAUUUCUCGACUGGCAACACUAAGUUGGCGUUUUGCUGCAAGAAGGAAUACAGUGAUGUGAGCAGCGAGUUGAUCUCUAAUAAGUUCUUGCAGAUUGUUAUCACGAUUUUGAUUUUUAUUAUGGCUGUUUGUUUGGUGGUAAUGUCUGCGCUAUACUUCCGCGAACAUCAAGAGUUGCUAAACAUGAAAGAAAACAGACAGCACGAGAAAUACACAUAUUAUACUAGGAAAGAAAACGUCCCGUACUACAGAGCCACGCCGUCAGACUUGAACCAAAUACAGAACUUGAAAUUCUCACAACAUGUGCCUUCGAAGAAAAAUGCAAAAGAAAAAGGUCCACACAAAACGACUCCGGAUUUGCCGACGACACCGUCCACAGAAUCACUGCGCACUAUCGCUUCUACCCUCCACGCUUCAAGAAAUUAUGUCCGAGAUGUUUUGAACAUGGACGCUACGCUCGCCGCUGGAACGUGCGAUCUCUAUAACAGCGACUGCGGACAUUGUUGGAAAACUGGCGAGCGCUUGCAGCUUUUCUGCUAACUCUGAAAACGAUCUGUAUUCUGAAUGCCAGUCGCCGUGUAACCUGGAGCCCCCACAAGCCUUCGAAAACCAGGAGCCUUUGGAACGGAAACCGGAGCUCAAUGACACGUUCAGACCCCCAGAACCUCCAGUAAAGGAUAACAAACUCCCAAACAUCCCAGUGAUACCAGAGAAAAACGC